AUGCUGACAAAGAUAAAGGAUCCAAUGAGCAGUCAUCAGAAAUAGCAGCUAUACUCAUUCUAUAAUUUUACCAGAUUUAGAAAGACUAAGCCAACUUUAAACAGACUACAAAAUAUGAUUCUACACUAGAAGUAAUUAUAUAAUCUUCGCUAGCCUAAAAUUCACAUGCCUCACUUCGACAAUUACUUUCAAAAACUUAAAUAUCAAUUCAUGCAGGGAAUGAUUAGGAGAGGUAAUUACAUAAAGAAGGAGAUAUUGCUUUUAGCAAGUUCAAGAAUACUCUAGUUUCUCUCACUGAUACCCAUAUGUUAUUUGAGCUAUAAUGUUGGAAGAUAAGCAUAUAUUUCCUACUUAAGUUACUAAUACCCAGGUUAUUAUACAAAGCCUGCUACUCCAAUCAAGGAUAAAUUCAAGAGAUAUGUAGCUACCUUAGUGGGAAAUACCUUGAGAGAUCCUCAAGUAGAAAAAGAAGGGUUGAAUUUCUUGUCAAAGCUAUUUAUGGAGCCACAAACUCAUGAGGCUGGAGUCUAUUUGCUUAAGAAUGUGCUAAAUGAUCCCAGAUUCGUAGAAGAGGGUAAGAUUUUUGGAAUCGAUCUGAUUUCCUCAAUAUUGAGAUCUAAACAAUGCGAAUAAGACUUCAUAAAGAUAGUGAUGACAACUUUGUAGCAAGAAAAAGUGAAAAAAGAAACAGUAGAGCUACUUAGGUACAUAGUAAAGCAAUCUGAGUCAGAGGAAAUUCUAGCUAUUUAUUUCAAAACAGUAUUCCUCAGAGAUGACAUGCUCUAAGGUGUAUCGAAGUUGUUAGCUAAAUCUGCUGUAGAUGCCUUAGACCAGCCUCAAAUCAAAGAUAAAUUUGGUAACUUUGUACUCUAGGUUGCUGAAAAUCCUAUUGUUAGGACUAAACUUUAUCAAAACUAUCUAAUCAAACCAGCCAAGAAAUUCUUCUCAUUUGGACUACUUUCAGGAAAUAGUGGAGAGGAACAAUAACCUUAAAGUCAGGAAAAUAAAUAAUAAAACAGUUGA